AUGUCAACCAAUCCAAAAUCUCAGCUGCAAAGCAGCGGUGUUGAUUUUACGCCCACAACGCACCACGACACAUACGAAUAUAUCCAACCGCAGCAAUUCACCCUCGAAGACCGUGCCGUAUUCAUCACUGGAGCUAGCAAAGGCAUUGGUCGAGCAACCGCGAUCAGCUAUGCUAAGGCCGGAGCCUCGCACAUAGCAAUUGCUGCACGUACCGAUAUGAAAGAUGUGGAAGACGAGAUGAUUCGCGCCGCAAAGGAAGCCGGAAAAUUGCCACCCCAGAUUAUCCGACUCAAGGUCGACGUUACGAGCGAGCAAAGCGUCGGGGAAGCUGCAGCACAAGUCGAGAAGGCGUUCGGUCGAUUGGACGUUCUCGUCAAUAAUGCCGGCUACCUUGAGACCUUCGUCCCACUGCAUGAAACAUCGGUAGACGACUGGUGGAAAGUGUGGGAAGUGAACAUCAAGGGGCCUUACUUGGUCACGCGCGCCUUCAUACCGCUUUUGAUCAGGUCGGACGAUUCGCUCAGAACUAUCUUGAACGUGUCCAGCAUCGGCGCAAAUAUCAUCAGCCCGGGAGCCUCGGGAUACCAGUGUGGUAAGAUGGCUCUGCUCCGUUUCGGCGAGUUCUUGAACGCGGACUAUGCCGAUAAAGGUAUCUUGUCUUUUGGUAUUCAUCCAGGAGGUAUUGCGACGGAGCUGGCGAAGGGUAUGCCGGAAAAGAUGCACAGCUUGCUGAACGACACAGCGGAGCUAGCUGGUGAUAGCAUCGUGUGGCUGACGGCCGAGAGAAAAGAGUGGAUCAAGGGUAGGUACGUAUCGUGCAACUGGGACAUGAAGGAAUUCCUGGACAAGCGGAAGGCGAUCGAGGACGGGGAUCUAUUGAAGGUUCGGUUGGAUGUUGGGCUGAACUGA